AUGGGUGAACCAUCAACAAAAAGGCAGAAGACAGGCCUCAAGUCCAAACCUGUGAACGCCUCAAGCGACCCUCAGAUCACCGACCCUCGAUUCGCCAAUAUCCAGUCUGAUCCUCGCUACCGUCUACCGGGAAAGAAAGACAAGGUCAAACUCGACAAGCGCUUCACUCGGGCGCUACAAGACGAGGAUUUCACACGGAGAGCCAAAGUCGACCGGUAUGGGCGGCCCAUUGCGGCCGACGCCGAAAGGAGCAGACUGAAACGAAAAUAUGAGUUCGAAGACGAAGAAGCCGGGAGCGAUGUCCCGGACAAGCAUGACGAGGUCCAAGAGGAACUCCACCGCUUGAGCAAAGUCCACGAUCCGCUACGGGAAGGUCGAGACACCGAAUCGUCUUCCGACGAGACCACCUCGAGCGACGACGAGUCAGAUGAAGAUGUAGACGAGUCGGCAGAAGAAGACAUCGAUGCGGAGGCUGGCGUGGGGCCGACUCAGCAGACCGAUGUGCCUACAGGCGAGGUCACUUCUCGUAUCGCCAUCGUCAAUCUGGACUGGGACAACAUCCGGGCGGCAGAUCUGAUGGCGGUGUUCAGCAGUUUCUUGCCAUCUUCGGGCUCGCUGCUCAAAGUGGCCAUCUACCCCAGCGAGUUUGGAAAGGAGCGAUUGGAGCGUGAGGAGUUGGAAGGCCCGCCCCAAGAAAUCUUCGCCACCAGCGCAAAACAGGAUGAAGAUGUAGACGACGACGACGACGACGAGGAUGCUGAAGAGGCUAUUAAAAAAUCGAUUCUCAAAUCUGACGACGGCGCCGAUUUUGAUUCCAAGGCUCUUCGCCGCUACCAACUCGAACGUCUUCGCUACUUCUACUGCAUCCUGACUUUCUCCUCCCCCGAAGUGGCGAAACACAUCUACGACGCUGUCGACGGUACCGAGUAUCAACGGACGGCCAAUUUCUUCGACCUUCGCUUUGUGCCCGAUGAGACAGACUUCUCCAGCGACGUGCCGCGGGAAGAAUGCGACAAGAUCCCCGACGACUAUCGACCCAACGAUUUCGUCACGGACGCCCUGCAGCAUAGCAAAGUGAAAUUGACGUGGGAUGCAGAGGACAAGAGUCGGAAGGAGGCCGUGGCGCGAGCAUUCAAGGGCAGCAGGAAAGAGAUUGAGGAGAAUGAUCUCAAAGCAUAUCUCGGCUCCGACACCUCGGACGACGAGGAUGAAGUGGAAGUCGUCGACGGCACCACCACCAACUCGUCCAACACGAACACGAACAUGAACCCUCCUCUUUCGAAAAAGGAAGCCGAAAGACAGCGGAUGCGAGCCCUGCUCGGCCUAGCUCCUGAGCCGGAGAAGAAAUCCAAAAAGGAAAAGGCCCCGGUCGGCGACAUGCUGGUCACCUUCACAUCGGGGCUCGCGCCGACAGGUGAGGACAGAAAGAAGAGAUCAGUUUUCGAGAACUCGCCCGAGCCCGAGGAGACGACGGUGGAGAGAUAUAUCCGCAAAGAGCGCGAGAGGAAACAAAAGCGAAAAGAGAGACGCAAGACGGCGACUGCGCCAGGGAACGAAGGGAGUGAUGCAGAGUCCGCCGACAACGAUGCCGUUGCUGCCGGGGGAGAUAAAGCGGGAGCGGGAGCGGGACAGGAGACCGAUCUUGGAUUUGACGAUCCCUUCUUCGCCGACGAGCCGUCCGCCAAAUCCGAUAGGGCGGCCAGCACCAAGAUGCGCAAAGAGGAACGCAUGAAGAAGAAGCGCGAGCGCGAGGCCGAGGAAGAAGCCGAGCGCAAGCAACGCGCCGAGCUGGAGCUGUUGAUGGCCGACGACAGUCUCGGCGGAGACCACGCCAACGCCAAUGGCGAGCCCAAGCUGCGCCAUUUCGACAUGAAGGAAAUCGAAAAGGCCGAGAAGCUGGCCCGCAAGAAGAACAAGAACAAGGACAAGAAGCGGAAAGACAAGGCCGGCGCAGAGCCCGAUGCGAAUGGAGGCGAUGAGUUCAAAGUGGAUGCCGCCGAUCCGCGGUUCGCUCGGCUCUUCACGAGCCAUGAGUACGCCAUUGAUCCGACGAAUCCGCGUUUCAAGGGUACAAAGGCCAUGAAGACCUUGUUGCAGGAAGGGCGGAGGAUGAAAGAGAAGAAGGGCACAAACGACGCUGGCCUGUCCACACGGGAAGACCGUGUCAGGGGCAAGAAUGACAGAAAUGGCAGCUCCAACGACGACGGCACAGCAGAUGUUAAGAGUCUCGUGGAAAAGAUCAAGCAACGGCAUAGUAAGAAGUGA